GGCGUGCUGCGUUCAUUGGUCACUUGGCCUCUCAUACGCAAACGACCAGGCACUCAGCACUCGGCCUGCCGAACCUGGAACGCUGACGAGAACGUCAAACCAUCUACCACUCACAUCCAACAUCACCCGAAUAUUGCGCGUUCGACACGAAUUCAACUACACCCCCCAGCAAAUACUAUAAUUCGGCGUCCGACUCCUAUCACGAUCGAAAUUAGUCGCACUUGCAAUCCCUUCCCCUCAAUCUCCUGUCGUUCUCCAGCCUCCUUUCACGAUGUCGAACCCUCUCGAUACCGAUGCUGGCUCUGAGCUCUUCACCUCAUACGAGGCUGAAUUCAAGCUCAUCCAAGCAGACCUGAACCAAAAGCUGGACCAGAUCCCUGAAUUAGCCGGUGAGCCUCGAAAGGCCGCUAUCAGCCAAGCCGAGCGGGCGCUGGAGGAACUUGAUGAGCAGCUCAGCGCAAUGCGCCUUGAAAAGCAAAACAUUCCCACCAGCUCUCGCACCAAGGUCAAUCAGCGCUUCCGAAACUACGAAUCAGACACAGAUGCCGCUCGUCGCAAGUUGACCACUCUCUCCUCCGACCGCUCAGCACUCUUCGGAUCGCGAUACACAGAUGACCCCGCUGGCUCAUCAGACAUCCACAUGGAGCAGCGACAGCAGCUACUCUCAGGGACCGACCGUCUUGAUCGAAGCACACAGCGAUUGAAAGCCAGCCAGGCCCUCGCCAACGAGACCGAAGCCAUCGGCGCAGGCACCCUAGCAGACCUCAACAGGCAGCGAGAAACCAUCGAGCAUACUCGCGGUAUAAUGCUCGAGAGUGAGGGCUACGUGGACAGGAGCGUCAAGACACUCAGGGGCAUGGCGCGUAGGAUGGCUACAAAUCGGAUAAUCACCAUCUCUAUCAUCACUGUUUUGGUCAUUCUUAUUAUUGCGGUCAUCUUCAGCAAGUUCCGAUGAGGAAUGGGCUUUUGGUUAUCGGAGUUUAGGCAGUCGUUUUCUUGACCCGGCUUACAAUGGAUGCGCUAUGCUGUUAUUAAUGAUGGGCCUUACGCGUACUUUCAUUUGAUGAAGGAGUUUUUAGCAUGCUUAGUGAUUUGUAGAUGUAGACCGUCUUGUCUUACUAUAACUAUUUUUUUGGAAUCACAAUGAUUAGAGUGUAAUUUGGAAAUAUCAAGUCCUCAAAAUACAAGGUCUCUGUAUCCACUCUCAUGAUGAGUGUCACUUGUC